AUGGCCCGCUCCGUGAUGUUGACCGCCGCAGUGCUGCUGUGCUCGGGUGCUCUUUUCAGUGCCUUCGUGCCAGCUGCGCGUCCAGUCACAUCGACGCCGACUGUGUCAGGAACGACCGUCGCCGUGAGCACGGCCCUGCUUGCCCCGCAGGCCGCAUUCGCGGAUGAGGGAGCGGUGUGGAUUCCUGCACUCUCCGCCAUCGGUGCUGGAUUUGCCAUCGGCUUGGCCGCGAUCGGUUCGGGAGUUGGUCAGGGCAUUGCAUCCGGACGCUGCAUUGACGGCAUCUCCCGCCAGCCAGAGGCUGGGGAGUGUUAG